ACUGAAUGUUGUAAAAGUGUUUUUUCUCUUUUAGGAUGCUUCUCAUGCUUGUGUAUGCAUCUUUUUUGGCUCUACCUGCGUGUACAAGUCCUGCCACAAAAGGGAAUGUGAUCCAGAUCCAGGUACACAACAUAGUAAACCUCGCUCAGACGACCAUCACCCACAUUAGGAAGCUAAGGACGCAGCUCUUAAUGGCUCCACCGAUCGAGAUCACCACUCCGCCGAUAAAGGGCCUCGCCAGCGUCAGCCAUUACCUCAAACACCUGGAUAACGAACUGCAGAGCCCCGUCACCGACCUCCUCAGCCAGAUCCAGGCGGACGUCUCCAGCCUGGACGGGAAGGUCCAGUCGCUGGGUUCACUGAUGAACUGUCCCUCCCAGCCCAGACCGACCGCAGAGGUCACCCGCUUCCUGUUUCCGGACAGUCACUACUACCGGACCAUAGCCAAGGUGGAGCACUACCUGGAAAACCUCCACCUGAACAGAGAGAAACUUAAGGUCUGCUGACA